CAACUACCAACCGCUUGCUUGUCCUCAUCGGUCCUCAAACCACUGGAGCAUCUUCAUUCAUUUCGGAAACCCCCAACCGGCUUCACCCACUGUAUAUACCCACAAUGAAUUCAGUACCCAUCAUCUCCAUCCCAACUUCCAAUUAAAGCCACUCAACCAAUCUCUCUCUCUCUCUCUCUCUCUCUCUCUCUCUCUCUCUCUCAUGGCCCAGACAACUCCGAACCACACACAAACAGUGUCCGGCUGGGCAGCCCAUGAUUCCUCCGGCAAGAUUACCCCUUACACCUUCAAACGGAGAGAAAAUGGGAUGAACGAUGUGACGAUCAAGGUCCUCUACUGCGGAAUAUGCCAUACGGAUCUUCACCAUGUUAGGAACGACUGGGGUAUCACUAUGUACCCCGUUGUCCCCGGGCAUGAAAUAACUGGAUUGAUCACCAAGGUAGGAAGCAAUGUGACCGAGUUCAAGGUAGGGGACAGGGUUGGAGUUGGAUGUUUGGCAGCGUCUUGUUUGGAGUGCGAAUUCUGCAAGGAUUCGCAGGAGAAUUAUUGCGACCAGAUCCAGUUUACUUACAAUGGCAUUUUCUGGGAUGGUAGCAUCACCUAUGGGGGAUACUCAAAGAUGCUGGUUGCAGAUCAGAGAUACGUCGUGCACGUACCAGAAAACCUACCAAUGGAUGCAGCCGCGCCCUUGUUAUGUGCUGGAGUAACGGUGUACUGCCCAUUGAAGGAUAAUAACAUGCUUGAGGCACCAGGGAAAAAAAUCGGAGUGAUUGGCCUCGGAGGCCUGGGACAUGUCGCUAUCAAAUUUGGCAAGGCGUUUGGGCACCACGUGACUGUGAUCAGCACCUCUCCAUCCAAAGAAGAAGAGGCUAAGGACCGCUUGGGCGCUGACGAUUUUAUCGUUAGCACCGACCCUGCGCGGAUGAAGGCAGGGAAGAGGUCUCUGGACUUUAUUUUGGACACCGUAUCCGCUUACCACUCACUUGGGCCUUACUUAGAACUGCUCAAAGUCAAUGGCACACUGGUGAUUGUGGGUGCACCUGACAAGCCCAUGGACCUGCCUUCAUUCCCUUUGAUAUUUGGAAAGCGAGUAGUGAAGGGUAGCAUGACGGGGAGCAUGAAGGAGACACAAGAGAUGAUGGACGUGUGCGGGAAAUACAACAUUAUGUGCGAUAUCGAGACGAUCCCGCCUGAGAAAAUUAACGAAGCCCUUGAUCGGCUCGCGAAGAACGAUGUCAAGUACCGUUUCGUGAUUGACAUUGAUGCCCAGAAGCCAGCAAGUCUUUAGAACCUUAUUGGAGGUGGAAAAGAGUUGGCCAGGCUUAAAAGCUUAUCGUUGGAAGCGUUUUGUUCUCAGAAUUUUGGUGUUAAGUCUUGUUUGAUUCAAGCGUGCGUACUGUGUAGCACAAUCAAUUGAUCCUAGCUAAUGGUUCGCUA